AUGGCGCGGGGCGGCGGGCGGCUGCAGCCCCGCACCGCCGCUGCCCCUGCCCGCCGGGGCCGGGGGCCGCUCGGCCUCCUGUGCCUGGCGCUGCUGUGCGCGCUGGGCGCCGCCGAGGCGGAGUUCUCCAUCCUGGACGAGGCGCAAGUCCUGGCCAGCCAGAUGAGGAAACUCGCUACCGAGGAGCUGAGGGUCGUCACCAUGCAGAGGAUAUUCAACUCCUUCGUGUACACGGAGAAAAUAUCGAAUGGAGAAAGCGAAGUUCAACAGUUGGCAAAAAAAAUCCGUGAGAAAUUCAACCGUUACUUGGACGUUGUGAAUCGGAACAAGCAGGUAGUGGAAGCUUCAUACACUGCUCACCUCACCUCACCCCUGACUGCCAUCCAGGACUGCUGUACCAUCCCCCCAUCCAUGAUGGAAUUCGAUGGGAAUUUCAACACCAACGUUUCCAGAACCAUCAGCUGUGACAGACUCUCAACCACUGUCAACAGUAGAGCCUUCAAUCCUGGACGUGACUUAAAUUCUGUCCUUGCUGAUAACCUGAAGUCUAACCCAGGAAUUAAGUGGCAAUAUUUCAGCUCAGAAGAAGGGAUUUUCACCGUGUUCCCAGCCCACAAGUUCCGGUGCAAAGGCAGCUACGAACACCGCAGCAGGCCCGUCUACGUCUCGACCGUUCGCCCUCAGUCCAAGCACAUCGUGGUCAUCGUGGACCACGGGGCCUCUGUGUCAGAGACACAGCUCCAGAUUGCCAAGGAUGCUGCCCAGGUCAUCCUCAGCUCCAUCGAUGAGCACGACAAGAUCUCGGUGCUGACGGUGGCGGACGCGGUGCGGACGUGCUCCCUGGACCAGUGCUACAAGACCUUCCUGUCCCCUGCCACCAGCGAGACCAAGAGGAAGAUGUCCACCUUUGUCAGCAGCAUCAAGGCCUCUGACAGCUCCACACAGCACGCCCUGGGAUUCCAAAAAGCUUUCCAGCUCCUCCGGAACACCAACAACGGCACCAGGCUCCAAGGAAAUACCGACAUGGUCAUCAUUUAUCUCUCGGCCGGGAUCACAUCAAAAGAUUCCUCAGAAGAUGAUAAAAAAGCCACUCUGCGUGUCAUCAACGAAGAAAACAGCUUCCUCAAUAACUCAGUGAUGAUCCUCACUUAUGCCCUCAUGAAUGAGGGGGUGACAGGGCUGAAGGAGCUGGCCUUCCUGCGGGACCUGGCCGAGCAGAACUCGGCCAAGUACGGCGUGCCCGACCGCAGCGCCCUCCCCGUCACCAAGGGCAGCAUGAUGGUCCUCAACCAGCUCAGCAACCUGGAGACCACCGUGGGCAGGUUCUACACAAACCUGCCCAACAGGAUGAUCGAUGAGGCCGUGUUCAGCCUGCCCUUCUCGGAUGAGAUGGGGGAUGGCCUGAUAAUGACUGUCAGCAAACCCUGUUACUUUGGGAACCUCCUGCUGGGGAUUGUUGGAGUAGAUGUCAAUCUUGCCUAUAUCUUGGAAGAUGUCACCUAUUACCAGGACUCCUUGGGAUCCUACACCUUCCUCAUCGAUAAUAAAGGGUACACUCUGAUGCACCCCUCCCUGACCAGGCCCUACCUGCUGUCUGAGCCUCCUCUCCACACAGACAUCAUCCACUACGAGAACAUCCCCAAGUUUGAGCUGGUGCGCCAGAACAUCCUCAGCAUUCCCUUGGGCAGCCAGAUCAUCACAGUUCCUGUGAACUCCUCGCUGUCCUGGCACGUCAACAAGCUGAGGGAGAUUGGGAAAGAAGCCUACAACGUCAGCUAUGCCUGGAAAAUGGUGCAGGACACGUCCUUCAUCCUGUGUGUGGUGGUGAUCCAGCCAGAAAUUCCCGUGAAGCAGCUGAAGAACCUCAACACUGUCCCCAGCAGCAAACUGCUCUACCACAGACUGGACCUGCUGGGCCAGCCCAACGCCUGCCUGCACUUCAAGCAGCUGGCCACGCUGGAGAGCCCCACGGUGAUGCUGUCUGCAGGCAGCUUCUCCUCCCCCUACGAGCACCUGAGCCAGCCCGAGACCAAGCGGAUGGUGGAGCACUACACGGCCUACCUGAGCGACAACACGCGCCUCAUCGCCAACCCCGGCCUCAAGUUUUCUGUCAGGAAUGAAGUAAUGGCAACCAGUCACGGCACGGAUGAAUGGAUGACCCAGAUGGAGAUCAGUGGCCUCAACAGUUACAUUGUCAGGCGUUACAUAGCAACCCCCAACGGGGUGCUCCGCAUCUACCCCGGCUCCCUCAUGGACAAAGCAUUUGAUCCCACCAGGAGACAAUGGUACCUGCAUGCAGUGGCCAAUCCAGGACUGAUCACCUUCACUGGGCCCUACCUGGACGUGGGAGGGGCUGGAUACGUGGUGACCAUCAGCCACACUGUCCAUUCCUCCAGUGCUCAGAUGUCCUCAGGACACUCCGUGGCCGUGAUGGGCAUCGACUUCACCCUCAGAUAUUUCUACAAAGUCCUCAUGGACCUGCUGCCAGUUUGUAACCAAGAUGGGGGAAACAAAAUCAGGUGCUUCAUCAUGGAGGACAGGGGGUACCUGGUGGCACAUCCAACCCUCAUCGACCCCAAGGGCCACGCGCCCGUGGAGCAGCAGCACAUCACACACAAGGAGCCUCUGGUAGCAAACGACAUCCUGAACCACCCCAACUUCGUCAAGAAAAACCUCUGCAACAGCUUCAGCGACAGGACCGUGCAGCGCUUCUAUAAAUUCAACACCAGCUUAGUGGGUGACCUGACCAACCUGGUGCACGGCAGUCACUGCUCCAAGUACAGGCUGACGAGGAUCCCGGGCACCAACGCCUUCGUGGGCAUCGUCAACGAGACCUGCGACUCGCUGGCCUUCUGUGCCUGCAGCAUGGUGGACAGGCUGUGCCUCAACUGCCACAGGAUGGAACAGAACGAGUGUGAGUGUCCCUGUGAGUGCCCACUGGAGGUGAACGAGUGCACUGGGAACCUGACCAACGCCGAGAGCAGGAAUCCGAGCUGUGAGGUGCAUCAGGAGCCGAUGACUUUCACGGCCAUCGAUCCCAGCCUGCAGGAUGCACUCCCACAGUGCAUCAACACCCAGUGCAACCAGAGGACAGAGAGUGGGGAUUGCUUCGGAGUGCUGGACUGCGAGUGGUGCAUGGUGGACAGCGAUGGGAAGACCCACCUGGACAAGUCCUACUGUGCCCCUCAGAAGGAAUGCUUUGGUGGCAUCGUGGGAGCCAAGAGUCCCUAUGUGGAUGACCUGGGAGCAAUAGGAGAUGAGGUGAUCACCCUGAACAUGAUCAAGAGUGCCCCCGUGGGCCCCGUGGCUGGAGGCAUCAUGGGCUGCAUCAUGGUGCUGGUGCUGGCCGUGUACGCGUACCGGCACCAGAUCCACCGCCGCAGCCACCAGCACAUGUCCCCGCUGGCAGCACAGGAAAUGUCAGUGCGUAUGUCCAACCUGGAAAACGACAGGGACGAGAGGGAUGAUGACAGCCACGAAGACAGAGGAAUCAUCAGCAACACGCGGUUCAUCGCGGCCGUGAUCGAGCGCCACGCGCACAGCCCCGAGCGCCGCCGCCGCUACUGGGGCCGCUCCGGCACCGAGAGCGACCACGGCUACAGCACCAUGAGCCCUCAGGAGGACAGCGAGAACCCCCCCUGCAAUAACGACCCUCUCUCGGCCGGCGUGGACGUGGGGACCCACGACGAGGAGCUGGAGCUGGACACGCCGCCGCAGACGGCCGCGCUGCUGAGCCACAAAUUCCACCACUACCGGCUGCACCACCCUGCUCUGCACCACAGCCACCACCUGCAGGCUGCUGUCACCGUGCACACCGUGGAUGCUGAGUGCUGAGGGCACACAGCCACCACUGCAGGCUCUGGGGACACCACAGCCACCACUGCAGGGUGUGGGGACUCCACAGCCACCACUGCAGGGUGUGGGGACUCCACAGCCACCACUGCAGGGUGUGGGGACACCACAGCCACCACUGCAGGGUGUGGGGACACCACAGCCACCACUGCAGGGUGUGGGGACUCCACAGCCACCACUGCAGGCUCUGGGGACACCACAGCCACCACCUGCACGGUGUGACAUUGAGGACACCACAGCCACCAGCUGCAGGCUGUGGCACUGUGCACUGAGGACACCACAGAUGCCACUCCAGAGCCACAGGGACUGUGCUGCUCCCCAGGGACAACCUCACAGCCUUCCCCACCAAACUGAGGCAUCAGAGCUUUGCAUUUUUACAAAAUUUUUGGGCUGGAAACGUGCUUGACGAAUGGACCUGCCAAAACACGGAGACAGAUGGAGCAGGAGGCACGUUAGAGCUCCAGGAACAGGGAUGGGAGUUUAUCCAGCAGCUGGAGUUUGUUGUGCUGAGCCAAGAGCACAGAGAGAGCUUAAAGAGCCAGAAAUGAUUUGGUUUCCUUAACUGGAAGAGCAGGAAUCUGCAGCUGGAGAGCCCAGAAGUGCCAGGCAGAGCAGGGAAGGCUUCUCUGCAGGUGGAAAGCUCCCUGUGCCCACGUUGCUGUGCAGGACCUGGGACAAUGCAUCUCAAGAUUUUUAAGUAAAGGAUUAUUUUUCUACUAUUUAUUGAACUUGAAACUUUGGGGGGAGGGAGGGGAGAAAACCUGUUAGGGAUUCUCGACGAGUACCACGUGCAUUCUGUGCUGGGGAAGGGGCUCUUCCUGGGAAAACAGCUGUUCCUGAGGAGCUGAGCUUCACGCAGUGCCCCACUCUGCAAAGGGAAAAUGAAGAAGCCCUCUCUGCCUCGGUGUUUACAUUAGGAUUGCUUUCUUUUCCAUACUUGUUUCCUGUAAAUAUUACAGCCUGAUUUCUAUUCCAGUAAUGUCUUCCUAUUUGCAGAGGAGAAAUCCUGUACUCUGAUACUGAAAUUCAGAGAAUUCUGCUCAGAAACUUCUCCAUCUUUAUCUCUUCGCUCAUCCUUAAAGGCUUCCUGUGUGGAAGUAAUAAAGAAGUGCUUUAGCAUUAGUUACCAGAUAUUCCCAAAUGGAAUCUGUGCCAUUCUUCUGUUUCCUUAGACCACAGGUAGGGAUAAACCAGUGUUUUGUAAAACUUGGGUUACUGUGGGAGAAACCUUGAAACCAUAAUGAGAAGCUGCUGCUGUUUGUCUGGAAUUUUAACCUUGCUUGGUAAUUCAAACAAAGAUUAAUCAAUGUCUACAACGCAGGACAUCGUAAUUAUCAGUUAGUUUUCAAUCACAGUGUUGUAUUUUAGAUUCACAUUUUGUGAUUACAAUGAUAUCAAGCCGUUCUUGCACUGUGCAUAUGGUAAACAUCCAUUUAUAUGUAGGUUUUUUUUUAAAAAAAAAAAUUCACUUGUUUUAAUUAAUAUGGUACUUAAUACUGUAUUAUGUAAAAAAUUGGUUCUUAAACAGUACAGUAAAAUAACUCUAUGUGUGAUACCAGGAUACCCCUUUAUACUAUGUAUAAAAUUAAAAUCUCUAGUGAAAUAAACUGUAUAUAAGUAUAGA